GUUUAUCUCACCACCAUAGAAAUUUAUUGGAAAUAGAAGCUAAAAGACGUCACUUACAAUUUCUUUCAAUUUUAGCAAGUUCUUUUCGAUCAAAAGUACAUGGCUACUAGUGUUCCAAAGGGAAGUAAGGUUACUGUUUUGACUAUUGAUGGAGGUGGCAUUAGGGGCAUAAUUCCUGGCAUUCUCUUAGCCUUUCUUGAAUCCCAACUUCAGGCGUUGGAUGGAUCAAAUGCAAGACUAGCAGAUUAUUUCGACGUUAUAGCUGGGACAAGCACGGGAGGGUUGGUGACCACCAUGCUCGCUGCUCCCAACAAGGAUAACCGACCCUUGUAUGCUGCUAAGGACAUCAGUACCUUCUACUUGGAGCACUGCCCCAAGAUUUUUUCUCAGGAAAAUCGGGAUAAUUUCCAGACAAACCCUUCAGCAGGUUUCUUUGACUGGGGGCCAAAGUACGAUGGCGAGUACCUUCACUCGCUCGCAAAGAACUUGCUGGGCGACCUCACUAUCAAACAGACACUUACAAAUGUUGUCAUACCAACUUUCGACAUCAAACGCCUUCAGCCUGUGAUUUUCACUUCCAACGAGGGAAAAAGAAAACCUACAAAAGAUGCUCUGCUUUCAGAUGUGUGCAUCGGAACCUCCGCAGCUCCAACUUAUCUUCCGGCACACUACUUCGAGACCAAAGACAAUGACGGAAAUCCUUACACUUUCGAUCUCAUCGACGGUGGAGUCGCCGCAAACAAUCCCACAAUGGUGGCGAUCACCGAAAUUUCAAUGGAAAUUACAAUGAAGUACAGCACAGAAUUCCCAGAGAUAACACCCAUGGAUAGCAGAAGAAUGUUAGUAUUAUCAUUGGGAACCGGAGCAGCAGAGCAUGAAGAGAAAUACAAUGCAAAGAGGGCCUCUGAAUGGGGGUUGCUUCCUUGGGUGUAUAAUAAUGGAAGCUCACCCAUAUUAGACAUUUUCUCACAUGCAAGCUCCGACAUGGUUGAUAUCCAUGUUUCUACUCUGUUCCAGUCCUCGAACAGCAACAAAAAUUAUCUCCGUAUUCAGGAUGACACGUUGACCGGUGAUGAUGCGUCCCUUGAUGUUGCGACGGAGAAGAAUCUGAAAAGGCUUGUGGAGAUUGGUGAGCAACUGUUGAAGAAGCCGGUUUCGAUGGUAAAUUUGGAAACUGGCAAGCAUGAGGCUAUUGAAGGAGAAGGUACCAAUGCUGAAGCUCUUGUCUGUUUUGCCAAACAACUCUCACAGGAGAGGAAGCUCAGACAAUCCGAAUAGCUGAUCAGGAAAAGGACAAAGUAUGGAAAAACUAUACCCAUGCAAACAAGGAAGCCCAGACAAUAAGAAGAUGAAGAAGAAACAAAAAAUAAUAAAUAAACAAAUAAAUAAAACGUCUUGGUCGACUGCUAUCUUUUGUUAUUUCUUUUGCUGCUUUUGAAAUUUGAACAUUGAAGUCGUUCUUGAUUGAUGCCUUGUAUUGUUUUUUGGCUAAAGAUUGUAUAAUUUAUUUAGCUAUUUGAUGGA